CCCCAUUUAAAGCAGUGGAAGGUCUCUCUGACAGGGGUGCUGACCUUUCUCUCUCCAGGGUCCUACAUGAGGCUUGAUCCAGGCCAUCUGUCCGCCAUGGUUUCAAUUCAUGUAUUAUUACUCACGGUGUCCGUCCUGUCUAUCUUGCUCAUCCUACGAUGCAUCUGGACGAUCGUGUACCGGCUGUUCUUCCACCCCCUGGCCCAUCUACCGGGCCCACUUCUUGCUCGGGCCACGCACUUGUACGCCUUCUGGUAUAACAUGCAAGGUGGAUCCUUCUAUCUUCAGGUUCCAAAGCUGCAUGAGCAAUAUGGCCCCGUUGUCCGCAUCACACCUGACGAGAUCCACCUAAGCGACCCUGAAAACUGCGAGAAGAUCUACUACAUAGGAUCACGGUAUGGAAAGGACCCUCGGUUCUACGGCGCGUUCGGCACCCACAAGGCGACCUUUACGGCACCAAGCCCCGACGUACAUCGAGUCAAGCGAUCGGCCUUGAACCCCUUCUUUUCGCGCAAAAAGGUGCUUGAGCUGGAGGAUAUUGUGCAGGAGAAGGCAGACAAGCUGGUCAGGCGCAUGAGGGAGUCUUUCAGCUCGACCGGCUGUAUUGACCUGCAUCAUGCCUUCCGAGCUAUCUCUGUGGAUGUCAUCAGUGACUACGCCUUUGGCAAUUGCUACGGAUUUCUUGGUAAGGAGAACUUUGGCGCUGAGUUCUUUGACAUGAUCCGAGGCUUUGGUCCGGCAUUCUGGUUCUUUCAGCAAUUCCCGGCUAUCCAGGGGCUUUCACUUAGCACACCGUUCUGGUUGGCCAAGUUGACUAGUGAACCUUUGACGAGGAUGAUGUUGCAUCGUGAGGGCUCUCGUCGCCAGAUAUUGAAGGUGAAAGACGCUGUUGAUCGGGGAGAGAAAGGAAGCCGGUCAACUAUAUUUCACCAGCUUCUUCACCCAGAGGCUACUGAAGGUCAUGUGGUGCCUACGGUGGAGGAGCUGGAAGACGAAGCCUAUAUCAUGUUGGCUGCAGCUGCAGACACGACUGGAAAUGCGCUGACCAUUGCUGCCUACAAUGUUGUGCGGCAUGAGGAGAUUUAUAAACGUUUAACGGAGGAGCUGAAGCAGGCAUUUCCUGAUCCGGAAGGGGAAAUAGACUUUGUGGCUUUGGAAAGAUUGCCCUACUUGACCGCUGUUAUCAAGGAGGCUCUAAGGCUAUCCUGUGGAGUCCCUGGUAGACUACCACGAGUCGUCCCUGACGUCGGCGCUGAGUUCAAUGGCUAUCAUGUUCCUCCUGGGACUGUUGUCAGCAUGAGCUCGUGGACCAUGCAUCAUAACGAAGAUCUAUUCCCACAAUCGGAAACCUUUGACCCGAGUCGAUGGACUGAUCCAGUAAUUGGCAAGUCUCUUGAGAAGUACUUGUUCUCUUUUGGCAAAGGGUCUAGACAAUGUAUUGGGAUGCCGCUUGCAUACUGCGAGCUGUACGUGACUCUCGGUCGACUUUUCCGACAGUUUGACGACUUGAAGACAGCUCAGAAGAGCCGGGAGGAGCUGCGAUAUAACGACUAUUUCUCAUCCUAUCAUCCGGCGGAAUACAACAAAUUCAUUUUCGAAAAGGCACGCUGAGAUAUCAUUAUAUUUUGUGCCUUUCUCACUUUAUUACUUGUUAUGUUUUCAUGAUACCACCGCGCCAUGGCUCAACCAGUGUUCAUAUAAUGAUAUCCAAGCCAGACACAAUCAAAUAAAUGCACUGCAACCCAAA